AUGAACACAGGGGACUGGUGGUGGGAGACCCAGGCAAAGCUGCCGGACGGUGCGACUACUGUUCCAGUGAUCUUAAGCUCAGACAAGACCCAAUUAUUGACCUUCAACAGUGAUCAACAAGUUCAUCCAGUCUAUCUUUCGAUAGGCAACAUCUCAAAGGAUAUCCGCCAGAAACCUUCGUACCGCGCGCAAGUUCUGAUCGCAUAUCUACCAAUCAUCGAUGUAUUGCACCUCCCCAGUGAAGCUGCCCGCGUGAUGUGGGCAUGCUCAUUUUAUGCUGCCAUGCGAGUCGUACUCCAAUCGCUCGAGGACCCGGGCAAGAACGGCAUAGAGCUUACCAGCAGGGAUGGUGCUGUGCGCCUUGCAUUCCCAAUUGUCGCAGUUUAUGUUGCCGACCAUCUGGAGCAAACUCUUGUCUGUUGCACCCGGUUUGGCCAGCAAUGUCCGAAGUGC